UUCUGAGAAGAAGAGAUCAAAACACGUGCAAAAUAUAAUAAUAAAAAUGUUAAAAAUCGUUUUCAAACUGCCUUUUUGAACAAUGGGGCAAACGAUCGGUAAAUCGGUGAUUGGAGAAUUAGAAAUUCUUGAAAUUACUGGCUGUAAAAGUCUGGAUGAAAUUCAACAACUGAGCCUCUCAGGAUUAAACCUUGUAUCUGUGAAUUCUGAUGUUUUGAAAAAAUUGACAAAUCUUCAAGUCCUGGAUGUGUCCAAAAAUAAACUAUCUGGUUUAAAGCUAGAAGGAUUUACUUUAAACUCUUUAAAGGAAUUAAAUUGUGCUUCCAAUAAUUUGGAUUCGGUUGAUGACUUUGUUUUGUUUCCGAAUUUGGAGCAAGUUAAUGUGUCGGACAAUGUGUCACUUGAGGUCGCAGAUCGUUAUAAGCUGGUAUCACUUUUGCCAAAACUUAAAGUGCUUGAGGAUAAGGAUGUAUCGGUGAUGAGGGAAGCUGUCAAGAAGUUUGAUGGAGCUUUGUCUGAAAAGGUUACUGAACUUUGGAAUGUCCUAUUUGAAGAAGCAUAUAGAAAGUCCGAAGAUGAGGAAUACAGAAAAGACUUGGCAAAUGACUUUGUCCAAUCUUUACAAGCUGAAGUUGUCAUUGGUCCAGCUGCUCUGAGGAAAUAUAGAGAAUUUAAGUUAACAUUACUUGGACAAGAAUAUGCUCAGAAACGAAGACAAGAAAAAGCGAUAGAUUUAAGGCCUGCAAAAGUAAUGAGAUCCUCCCCAGAUGCUGAUGAAGGUGUGUUUCAAUCACAAGGUUAUAAACCCCAGUUUAAGUCUAAGAGGCUUGGAGUUAACUACACUCAAUCGGAAUAUGUACUUUCUCAACUUCUACAAACUCACUCACUAAACAAUGAUCCAAACGACAGACGAACGCAAGUGUGGGCCUGUGAAUUUCAACCAGAUCCAAUGAACCCAGAGAAAACAACAACACUUUGUGCAACAUGCGGGGGUGAUGCAGUGUGUUUCAUUGAGUGCAAAACAGGAGAAGUGUCUAAAAAAUACAAGCAGCCAGGAGAUGUGUUUUACUGUCUUGCAUGGACUGUAUUUCCUAUAAAUGAGGGCACAGGUGUCGCAUAUAGAACUGCUUUAGCUAUUGGCGGCAAACAAUGUGAUAUCCGGAUAAUACAACCAGAAGAUUUAGUUUGUUAUGAUAGUAUUGAGGCACAUGAAGGUGCCAUUGAGAGUUUGCACUUUCAUCCAACUGAACCAACGUGGUUGUUUAGCGCUGGUGAUGAUAAUCAAAUAGUUUUAUGUGAAUUGGGGUUGUCUACUUCAACAAAAAGUAACCCCAAAACAACGAUAUUGAUGAAAAUAAAAACGCAAGGCAUUCUAAGGUCCCUCACUAUACCGCGACAUGGUGAGGUUUUGGUCGGUGGAGGAGACAGGGGGUGCACUGUGUGGUCUAUCGUCGCUUGCGCUAAUAAGAAAAGUGAGCUACCGUUAUACGAACUAAAUUUUCCCGGGAAGAAAAAAGUGCCACUGGAUUGUGUGAAGUGUUUGAGCGACCAUAUAAUUGCGACAAAAAGGGUGAAAGAAUCGUGUAUCAUGUUGUAUUAUUCUGAAUCUAGCUUUCAAAAGAAUGAUGCAUCGCCAGCAUUUCGCUUGCCCUGGAAACUCACAGAUACUCCUUUUAUCAAGUUCAACUUCCGCGCAGAUUGUGAUAUUUUAAUUGCCGGGGACGAUUUAGGAUGCGUGUGGAUUUACGAUGUAAACAGAUGUUUUUGCGAGUCUAGACAAGGAAGGAAGCUCGAGGAACUCAAGGAAACACAGAAGUUAGCUUGCGGCAAUGGGACGGUAAAGACCUUCAAUCAUGUGUGUUCGAGUUCAAAUAUGGACUACGUUGUCGCUGUUGCCGAUAGCAAUGUAGUAUCGGUGUGGAGAAGGUUAAAACCCGUAUAACAUACAAUGUACAUAUCGCGAGCCACUGCAUAUAUCCAACUGCCUUGACAAAAAGCAGUUUAUCACUUUGAGCAUGUAUAAAAAUCCUGGGUCACAACUUUUUACCCAUAUGGACUGGAGGGAAAUACUGCAUUCCUACGAAGUUGAAAUCCCAAAGGUUAAAUUGCUAGGGUGGGUUGUUUUCCAGCUAAAUCCCUCCCAUGAGGAAAUUUUUCUGUUUGUGUAUAUAUUUUAUAUUUUCUGUUGGGUGUUGCUUGUCUCGAACCUGUCAAUAUAGCCCAUGUGAAUGCUGUACCGAGAUAAAUACGCUCUGAUAUGGUUUGCAGUCGCAAAUAGCUAGGAAGGAGAACUAUUAAAGACCUUCAUUUCAUGCGACAUGUAAUUAUAUUUGUGAUCGC